AUGGACCUCCAUUGUUUCUGGGUUGGCUUCUUUCUGUUUUCUGGCUUUUGGGCAGUUGCUUUCUGUGAUCAAGAUGGUUUCUUGAGCUUAACUUGUGGUGGAACUACCAAUUACACUGAUUCAUCGAGUAUCUCAUGGAUUCCAGACAGUGCAUACAUAAGCAUAGGCAACACCACCACCGUUGAUUACUUUGAUGGAACCUCCUCAUCUGGCGCCCCAGUUCGAUACUUCCCAGUUUCCCAAGGUCGCAAAUGUUAUGGACUACCAGUAACCAAUGUGUCAUCUUUGGUUCUUGUUAGAGCUCAAUUUGUGUACAAAAACUAUGACGGCCUUGGGAAACCCCCAUCAUUCUCUGUGUCUCUUGGGACAGCCAUUGUUAGCACCAUAGACCUCAGAAAAAACGAUCCAUGGACAGAAGAGUUUUUAUGGCCAACUGGUAAGGACGCGGUCUCCUUCUGUUUGCAUGCUAUUGCAGAUAGAGGGACUCCUGUAAUUUCUACAAUUGAAGUUAGGCCACUUCCUCAAGGAGCUUACACAAGUGGCAUGGAAGAUUUCCCAAAUAAGUCACUUAGGAAAAGCUACCGAAUAAAUUGUGGUUACACAAAUGGAUCUUUGAGGUACCCUUUGGACCCGUAUGAUCGUAUUUGGGAUGUUGAUCAAAGCUUUGCACCAUUUCACAGUUUGGCACGAAGGGAUGUGUUGACAUAUAACUUUCCUCUUGAUACCUUGGCAGACUACUACAUUGUCCUCUACUUCGCCGGUAUUCUUCCUGUGUUUCCUUCAUUCGACGUCUUAAUUAACGGUGAUGUUGUUCAAUCAAACUAUACUGUGAGAAGCUCACAAGUUGGAACACUAUAUUUUACACUGAGAGGAACGAAGAGCCUGAACAUCACGUUGAAGAGCACCAGCUUCUAUCCUCAAGUCAAUGCAAUCGAGGUGUAUGAAAUUCUUGAUAUUCCAAAGGAAGCCUCCUCCACCACAGUUUCAGCUCUUCAGGUUAUUCAACAAUCUACUGGUCUAGAUCUGGGAUGGCAAGAUGACCCUUGCUCUCCUGUUUCAUGGGAUCAAAUUGGAUGUGAAGGAAACAUAGUUACAUCAUUGGAGCUUCCAGACAUCUAUUUGAGGUCAGUUAGUGCAGCCAUCGGUGACUUGCUGGAUCUUAAAACACUGGACUUGCAUAACACAUCGCUUGCUGGUGAGAUACAGAAUUUGGGUAGCUUGACACGUCUUGAGAAAUUGAAUCUGAGUUUCAAUCGGUUAACAUCCUUUGGUACUGAUUUGGAGAACUUGGUUAGCCUUCAAAUUCUGGACUUGCAAAAUAAUACAUUACAGGGAAUUGUUCCAGAGAGCUUGGGAGAGUUAGAAGACCUCCACUUAUUGAACCUGGAAAAUAACAAACUACAAGGCGCUCUUCCGCUGUCCUUGAACAGAGAAAGUUUGGAAAUCCGAGCAUCAGGAAAUUUGUGCCUCUCUUUCUCAACAUUGAGAUGCAAUGAUUUUUCAGCCAACUCUUCAAUUGAGAUCCCACAAGUUACUAUCUUCACCGGAAAGAAACACACUGAACACAAUCAGUUAGCAAUUAUACUUGGUGCAAUUGGAGGAGCUUUACUUGCACUUGUGAUAUUUUUCUCUAUUUUAGCAUUCUUGUACAUGAGGAAAAAGAGAACUGAAAUCACAUCCACAGAAAGGGCAGUGUCGGAUAUGCGUAACUGGAAUGCAGCAAGAGUUUUUACCCACAAAGAAAUCAAAGCAGCUACCAACAAUUUCAAGGAGGUCAUAGGCCGUGGUAGUUUUGGUUCUGUUUACUUUGGAAGGCUUUCAGAUGGAAAAUUGGUGGCUGUGAAAGUGCGGUUUGAUAGAAGCCAACUUGGGGCUGAUUCUUUUAUCAAUGAGGUGAAUCUAUUGUCUCGAAUUCGGCAUCAAAAUCUUGUGUGCUUGGAAGGGUUCUGUCAUGAAGCAAAGCAGCAAAUACUUGUUUAUGAGUAUCUUCCUGGUGGAUCAUUGGCUGACCACCUUUAUGGUCCAAACAGUAAAAAAGUUUCACUGAGCUGGGUUCGCAGACUGAAAAUUGCUGUUGAUGCUGCAAAAGGAUUGGACUAUCUGCACAAUGGGAAUGAACCUCGAAUCAUACAUCGAGAUGUGAAAUGCAGUAACAUCCUUUUAGACAAGGAAAUGAAUGCUAAGGUUUGUGAUUUUGGCCUGUCGAAGCAAGUAAUGCAGGCAGACGCAACUCAUGUGACCACUGUUGUCAAGGGCACCGCCGGCUAUCUUGAUCCUGAAUAUUACUCAACCCAACAGCUUACUGAAAAAAGCGACGUCUAUAGCUUCGGAGUUGUUCUUCUGGAGCUCAUUUGUGGGAGAGAGCCAUUGAGCCACUCUGGAACUCCAGACUCCUUUAAUUUGGUGUUAUGGGCCAAGCCUUACUUACAGGCAGGUGCAUAUGAGAUAGUGGAUGAGAGCCUAGAGGAAAGAUUUGAUGUCCAAAGCAUGAAAAAGGCAGCCUUAGUUGCUAUAAGGUCUGUAGAGAGAGAUGCAUCACAGAGGCCAACCAUAGCAGAGGUGUUGGCUGAGCUCAAAGAAGCUUACAGCAUUCAACUAUCAUAUCUCGCAUCACAUGAAAUGUGA